UCUCCUCGCGCUACUUCCGCCUCGAGACUCCGCCCGGACGUGACGUAACGAAUGCGCGCGCGACGGUUUGAGCGGAGGCGGCGGAAGACUCCGCCGUCCGUGGUGGUGCAAUGGAAAACAGACAACCAAAUGUGAAUUUUGCAACGAGUGAAGAUAAGCAAGAGAAUUGGGUCAACAUAAAAAAACCUACACCGUUUGGCCAAACUCCAGCCAGCCGAUUGUUGCACUCUACCAACAAGCCCAGAUUGCAUCCCGAUGAUCUGCCAAGGCUGCAGUCGUUGCUCAAGAAAUGGCUGCAUGUGAGUCGUGUGUCUCCGCUAUUUGGGUACAGCCCCACGUGCCUGAAGAUGUAUUCACAAAUGCUGUCUGCACACCUCCAAGCAGAGCAGCGAAAAGGCGUGCCAGUGGAAAUGGGCGAGCACCAUACUGGGCAUGCCCUCCUCUCUAUUUUCCCAGGCCUUGCCGUUACCGGCAAAGAAUCUGAAGCUGUUUGCAUACAGGUGUUUAAGAAAGAAAGCAAGACCAAACAGAAGAUCGUGUGGGAAGGGGUGCUGUGCUGCACAGACGCAGAUGUCUCUCUGCUGGCAUCAAUACCUGCCGAGUUUACCUGCCUCCCACUGAUGCUGUGGUAUGGCCCCAAAGGUGUAGGUAUGCAGGUGGCUGGCUGGUUGCAGAAAACCUUUGAUUGUCGGGUUGGAACCCUGACCCUAACUUCUCAAGACCUUGCAUGGAUGGUGACAUUGUGGAUCAUGAACGAGGGCAAGGCGACAAACUGCACUGAGCUGAAGUGGACCGCGCCGACAGAGGUAAAGGAAGGCCUCACCAUCUCGAUGUCCAUCCACCCGACAGACGCGUUACAGCUCUGGGAGUGCAUCCACAUGGGAGGGAACGAGGUCACGAUGCAGGAGGUGUCGAACUUCAUGAAUGGGAUCGAAAGUCACUUCUACAACCACUUCCACAUUAUUUUGUCUGCCAUGUCACUGGCUUACAUCGGCACCUCUGCAGCCUGUGCUGCUAGAAAGGGGAAAAUCAAGAUGCUGACGGUCGGGAGAAUGCACGAGGUGCUGCGCUUCCUCACAGAACUCGCUGUGCCACACGGACAGUGACCUCUUCAUGACCCUCUGCACGGAAACGAUCGGGGGGGAAAAAAAUUGUACUCAAACACAGACAUGUUGUUCUUUUUCUCACAAAGAUUGUUAUUUUUAUUUAAAAUUACAGAAAAGGUCAAGUAUGAAGUUAGGUUUUUGUGCGUAUAUUACAGUGCUGAAUAGUAGUUUGAUGGUAUUGGGUUUUCACAGAUACUAAGUACCUGAGUGUUUUGUCACCUGGAAUAUUUUUUUUCCUGCAUACCAGUCGAGAAUAAUUUUAUCGCUCAUGCUGAUUACUGUUGGCAAAAUAUCAUGAUAUGUAAACCAAGAACAUUAAAUUUUUGUAAUUUUUUUCAUACAUAUACUAAUUGACAUGGCUUUAGUUAGACGCAGUUUUUGUUCAGUGAUUCAUGGUUUAACACGUAAAAGUCCCCUGAUUUACCACCUCUACCAAUUCCACCGCAAGUGGCUUCUACCCAUGGGAGUUUAAUGACCGAGGCCACAAGGUCUAAAGGAUGUGAGAGAUAGGUGCACUUCACCCACAAACUUCCAAGUGAACUUGUUUCAGAAGUAAAUCCAUUUCAUACCCCACGAUUCAUUUUGUUGCCGAUUAAUGCCAACAAAACGGAGCCUUGGCAUUCCUCUUUAGACAAAACCCUGACACACAGACACGUGUGUACACUUGCAUUUGCAGGUACCUUCUCAUUUCUCAAAAAACAUACUGGGCAAAAAAAACUCCGGAUAUUUUUUGUUGCAUUCAAUAAAAUAAUUUACAACGUACAAGAGUACAAUAUUUACAUUUGAUGGUUAAAUGUCUCGGUACUAGUCUUCACAUUUCAAAUAUAAACAUUGAAAUAUAAAUUUGCCAUUUUUGACAUUAAUGUUUUAUUCUUUGGGUCUUUCGGUAAAGUCACGUAGAUAGGUUCAAAAGAAACCUAUCUACGUAACUUUACCGAAAGACCCAAAGAAUAUGAAUUCCUGCAGUCACUAAAGCUUUAAGUCAAGAUUAAUAUUUUUUAUUUGUGAAGGUUCGAUGUUUUUACCUUUCAUUUUGUCUUCUUAAUGGAUGAUUUUUUUUAAACUUAGAUAAUAAAGUGAUGUCUGUGUCAA